GAACCGCCGCCGCGAAGCCACACCCGCGGAGGAAUCCGACCGGGCGGUGCUUCGGCUCUUUAUAAAGCGGAGCCACUCCCCUGGGCUCGUUCUUCGUUUUCCACAACAGCGAAAGUAACGAACGGAACCUGUCGUUAGCUGUCCCGCGCGAAAAAAAAAAGAAAAGAAAAAAAAAAAAAAGGAAAAGAAAAAUGGCAGUCUGAAGGCGUGCGGCGGCGAUCCUUGCAGCGGCAACAACCCGGCAGUGCAACGGCUAAGUGCACUGGCUAUUUCUGGCAAAAUGGCGUCUCUCUCGGCAACCACCCUCAGCUUUGCUGCCGUCGACAGCAGUACCAAACCCCUCGACUUGUUAACGUCAUUGGACUCGCCUUUGUUUUUAUUCACCCUUUCACGGCUACCACUGACCAGCAGCAGCCAUGACACUUUCCCAGCUGGCCUUGGAGGACGUGGAGGCCCUGUACUUAGGGCCCUCAUUUCUGACGGCUGACCCCAUGGGGCCCCUUCUGGACCAAGAUGAAGAAGAAGCUCUUUCUCCCUCCUCCUCUCUAGAGGGGAAGGCGCCAGCUUCGCCCCCCCUCUCUUUCUCCUACACAUCCUCCCUGUCUCCCUACCACACCAUGUCUUCCUCCCCACUCCCUUGUGCCUCCCCACCCCCCUCUCCUCCUCCUCCUACCCAUCCCUCCACGUUCCUGGGAACCAAGGCCGGAGCGGACUUACUGUCCCUCCCCUGGCUGGGUGCCAGCGACCUGCUCGACGCCCAUGUUGGAGCAGACAAUGGCAAAGCAGAUGAUGCCUUCACAGGCAUGGAUUGGAUGUCAGAGAAAAUUGACCUGAGUGAAUUUGACCUGGAUUCCCUCAUUGGUUCCUGCUCAUCUGAUGAUUCUCCCAGCUCCCCCGAGGAUCUCCUGGCAUCACUCGACUCCCACAUGGAUCUGGAUCUAGACUCCUUCGACACAACCCUCCCCACCUCGCCCAACAGCCUGGAGCUAGGUCUGUCACUGCCCAGUAUCCCCUCCCUCCCUCUGGAGCUCCCGCUUCCUGGGGCAGCUGAGGCCAAGAAGACAGAGAUGGCUCCUGAUCAGGAGGUUGUUAUGAAGUCUGAGCCUCUCUCCCCUGCUCCCUCUCUGUCGCCACCCUCUCCAGCCUACACAUUGGAGCUAGGAAGUGAAGUAGAUGUGCUAGAUGCAGAGAAAAUGGCCACAUCCCUCACUGCCACCAUCAUCCCAGAUCUCAGUGGAAGCAUUCAGACCACCAGCCCCAUCGUGCUUACCCUUCCUACCUCUAGUCACCUUGUGGUGGUGUUCCCCAACAAAGAUGAACCUUCCCUCGUAUCUCUGCCUGACCUGUCCAUUAAAAGCUCUCCUCCAUCAAGCGACGAUGACGAUUCUGGAAUCGAGUCGGUUGCUAGCUCACCACCUCGCCUCCCCUCUCCCCCUCCCAUCCCCUCCUCUACAGCUGGUUCCUCAUGGACCAAACCCUACUCAAAACCGGAGCCCACUACCGCUUCCUUCCCCUCGGCCAAGGUUUCCAGGGUCAAAUCGGUGUCUGGUGCUCCCAAGGUUGUCGAGAAGAAAUUGAAGAAGAUGGAGCAAAACAAGACGGCAGCCACUCGCUACCGGCAGAAGAAGAGGUUUGAGCAGGAGCUGCUGAACACAGAGUGCGAAGAGCUGGAGAAGAGGAAUCAAGAGUUGACAGAGAAGGCGGAGUCCAUCAGCCGAGAGAUUCAGUAUCUUAAGGAUCUGAUGGAGGAAGUUCGUAAGCACCGCCGCGGCAAGACCAGCUCAGUGGCUUAAAUACCAGAAUGUUUGUGUGGUACAGUCUUGCUGUUGCAGAGUAGUGAUGGGGUUGUUUCUGUUCCAAGGCUCACAUGCUAUAACAAAGAAAUCCAUUUUUAGUAUAAGCAGUGUAUGGUUUAAGAGAUUAAAGAAAAAUGGCAUGUGAGGGUGGAUGUAUGAAACUCACCGCUGAACAAAGCAGAGGGAAUGGCUGAUUGAAAAGUGAAGAGCCUCUGGAAGUUAAUGAGAUUAUUAGUGUAGAGCAGGGGGCUGGGAGGUAGUCAGGUGAAGCAUCUGUACAUGCUUGUCUCUCAGCCCCCUGUUAGAUUCCCAUGUGUACUCACUGUCUUACUAGCAAUACUUGUACAAAAAGGCAGGGUGUAUAUUCGUCUUUGUAGACUAGGCAUGCAAAAAGUGAGUCACCGUAGCUCCCGAUGAGUGUUGUAGACCUUUUUAACCCAUUGACGAGAUAUUCCCUCACACUCCCAGCAUCAGUUCAUAGCCUGACCUCAGCACAGCUUCGAUAAAAUAACUCCCGUGUCAGCAAAGAGAGACCACUUCUACCUUGUAGUUCUUUUUAACCCAGUGCCACCCCAUUUUGAUCUUCCUCUUAACAGCUUCAAGUCCAGAAAGGGGCCUCAGCCUAUUUAUGAAUUCUUGAUGUUACACUGUCAACAUGUUUUUGUUUUGUUUUGUCAUUUGUUUUUUUUGUUUUGUAUAUAGUUUUCUUCUCCUUUGCUUGCCGAUUGUGGCUUCCGUAAUUUAAUGCAGGAUAAAACUUGAUAAUAUCUCAAGUAGCUCAGUCUCUUACCACAGGUAUUUGGCUUGUAAAAAUGCUUUGCUCCCCUUUUUUUCUAAUAAAUAUCUAUCAGUACUCAA